ACUCCCAUUCCGCCUUUCGCUCCACUCAAUGCAAACCACCGGCAUGUUCAUGAGUUUUCCACUGUUCCGGCGUGUAACAUUUCAACAUAGACAAUUCGACCACGACAGCUUCUAAGAAACAGCGUGAUCAAAGUGCAGCUUUGCGCUGUAGCCGUGCUCACACCUAGCUCUCAGGGAAUGCGAUCAAAGUCUCACGGAAAAGUCUACGGUGUUCAGCUUACUUUGUCCGCCACCGUCUCUCCGUUUCUACAGCCUCAUACCAAGCCGGAAUGCCUUUUCCGUUGCCAUCACUACCCUACCCACCCUCCAGGGACGGGUUCUGGAACCCUGUGACAGCAACCAUCAACUGGUGCGAGGAGGACUACUAUGUCACAUCAUACGUGGCUGAGUUUGUUAACACCUUUACCAAUGCGAUAUUCGUCUACCUGGCAUUAGUUGGAAUCUCCAGCUGUAUUCGGAACAACCAUCCACGAGUAUUUCUGGUGGCAUACGUCGGAUACAUGACCAUCGGUAUCGCAAGCGUGGUCUACCAUACCUCCUUGAAAUACUGGAUGCAGCUGUUUGAUGAGCUAUCAAUGAUAUACACCACAUGUAUCCUCUUCUAUGCGGUAUUUUCCCACGGGAAGUCCUCAUCUGGCCAGGCUCUUCUGGGCACUUUUGUUACUAGCUUGGCCAUUUUCAUCACCGUGUACUACCACUAUCUCGGGGAUCCCGUCUUCCACCAAGUCAUGUUUGGAAUCCUCACAGCUACCGUUGUCUUCCGAAGCAUGUAUAUCAUGGAGAAGAUACUCCGGCCCAAGUCCACACCUCAGAGCAAGGCUGAGAUUCUUGACACGCAGCUCCUCAAGAAGAUGUGGACAUUGAUCACUUGCGGUCUUGUAGCCAUAGCCAUUGGAUUUCUAGCUUGGAACCUCGACAACAUGCUCUGCUCACAACUUCGACAAUGGCGACGAGAGCUCGGACUUCCUUGGGGCAUUCUCCUCGAGGGCCAUGGAUGGUGGCACUUAUUCACCGGGAUUGCAUGCUAUAUCAACGUGACUUACGGCGUCUGGCUGCGCUAUUGCAGAGACGGGAAGAAGGAAGAAGUUGUCUUGGCGUGGCCCUCGAUGUUUGGUUCCAUUCCCACCGUUGAACGAGUGCAGCAUGGAGGAUAUCCGUCGAAGCUCCUCUUGAAAACGGAGUAAUCUGGAGUACAACAACCGAUUGGAAGAGGCUUUUUAAUGCCAAUGAAUCUGCCGGAUAAAGCGGCACAUUGAUGCCGGCGAAGGCUUCAUUCGUGUGUCACAGUGUCUGUACUUCCCCUGAGGCUCUCAACUCGAAGGAAUAGGGGCCACUAAUUAGACGUCAGUGGGAAUGUGUUGGACAAUAAAGCGGCUGAGAAAUAUUGCCUGCCGUGACACCACCUGGCCAUCGCAUCGAAGCCAUGUACGACAAUAAAGGGCUUGGACGAAAAGAGGGAGCCACUCAAAAUAUACAGAGGCUUGGUCGAUGUAGGUAUGGCUGUUUAGGUGGGUGGGUGUCCCACAUUGUGACCAUACGACAACUUAGUUCCUAAUUGCGCCGUUCAGGUGGCGUUUCGCACAAACACAC